CGAUGGAAGGGUUUCUCCUUCAUGUUCAGCUGCAAAACACAAUAGCUGUGUCGCCAGUCGUACCGUACCUUGCAACGCCUUGGUAACACCGGCACACUUGACUUCACGCAGUAUAACAUAUAAACACGUACAUCCAGUGCCUUGAAAAAACUGACGAUUUGGACAUCAUGGCAAUUUCGACUGCCAAAUAUUCGUGGCGGGAUGCAGUGCAGAGCAAUGUAAACAGAUAUACGGACCGAAACCCCGACAUAGAUGCGGCUGGUAAGUUAAUGACAGUGCCAGGACACAGUGCACCAGACUGUCUCACACAAGAAGUAAGACCUCCAACUCCAGAUGUUGUCAAGAAAUUCAAGAAUUUUUUCGAGCCUGAUGCUGGUGCUGCAAGACUUUUUUAUGGAAAAGCUAAUGAUCCUGACAUUGCCUCCACCUUGGUUCAUGGAGUUACCAGCAAAGAUUCUAAUUCAGCUGGUGAUCUUUGCAACCCGAGACCUAAAAGUCUGUAUGAACAGCGCAUGGUUGAUAAAAAAGAAUACAGCCUUUAUGCCAGUAAACAGAGUGCACCACUUGGGCGGUCACAUGACCAGAGUCCAUCAUUUCCAGCACACAUGGACCCAGCACAGACACGAUUUGGAAUUAAAAACGUCUUUGAUGGCAGUGCAGGUGUACUGGUCAACCCAGACAAAAGUCGGGAUAUAGUUGAGACAGAGGGACAAACUGGUCAUGAUCUGUACAUCGUAACACACAACGAUUAUGAUGUGGGUGAGAAGAGAGACAGAAAGUAUGACUGGUCACGAUAUGCUAAAGACAGUAGGUUUGGUGUACCUACCCCACACGACAAUGAUGGAAGACAUGUCAAGAAAACACUGAAAUGGAUGCAUGAAGCACAGCAGGAAAAAGGCUCCAAAAUAGUUUCCAAGAGAGUGGAUGAUUUCCGGGAGCGUACACAGCCUCAGUUAGGUCAAGUACACGACCCCAUUAAGGAUACCAUGAGAGUCCCACCAGGCCAUGCGUAUGGCGUUAUGAUCCGACCAGAUGAUUUUGGCGCAGGCGAUCUACUUCAUGGGAGAGUGCCUGGGGAAUAUUUGCGUGGCAAGGACAGAGAACGGGGGGUCAUUGCCGCAAUCAGACAGCAUCUGAAGAAAACUAAUUUCCAUAAUUUUAACGAUCUGCAAGCAGCUUUUCGACAUUACGAUAAGAACGGUGAUGGUAAAAUAGACAUCAAUGAACUACGCGAAUGUUGUUUACAGUUCAACCUUCCCAUUGAACCUGAACUUCUUGAACAGCUACUGUUUUACUGCAAUGCAAACAAAGAUGGAUACCUGGACUACACGCAGUUUUCAAAUUUUCUCAACUGGAAAGACAAAAUGGAGGAGCUCGGUGGAACAACAAAUGACAAUAAUGUGGAAACACUGCAGAAUCAAAUUGAUAGAGCUAUCGGUGAACACAGGACAUCAGCCUCAAUGAUCAACGCGACUGUCGGUGGCCCAGUGUCGGCAAAAGGUUUCCGAACAUAUGGUGUACCAACUGUUCGCAGCGACAGACCUGCACCCCGCUUUCGACGCGUUUCUGAUCGCACAAAUUACGGUGACGAAUCUGACGCCUAUGGUCUUGUAAACCCCUCCAUCUAUAGCAACCGAGGAGUCUAUGAGAGAGACUUUUUCAAAGCCAGACCGAAAGACGAGGUAAGGACGAACGCACAAAUAUUAGUUCUCGUUGACAUCUAUGUUUGA